ACCUGGAAACAUUCGACAUGGCCGAGGUUGUAGAGCUCCAGAAACUGAAGUUGGCCGAAUUGAAGCAGGAAUGCGCUGCGAGGGGGUUGGACGUAAAGGGAAGCAAAGCUGACCUGAUUGCCCGGUUGCAGGCUUACCUUGAAGAGCAUGAUGAAGAAGUCAAUGAAGAGGAGGUUUUGGGAGAAUUCACAGAGGAUUUUGCCAAAGAUGGAGCAAAUGCUGAGAAACCGGUGAAGGAACCCACACCGGAGUUAGAAGCUGAGAAAAAGGUUGUGAAAAUCAUGCCUCCUGCAGCAGCAGAUGAGAGGCUUCAGAAGAGGGCAGAGCGCUUCAGUUUGCCAGCCUCUGAUGACAGUAAGAAGGCUGCUCGUGCAGCAAGGUUUGGGAUGCCUGUUACAGCACCAGCUUCUUCUACAGGUGCUUCUGGAAAUACAAAAGUGAGCGUUGAUGUUGAAGUCCUGAAGAAGAGAGCAGAGCGCUUUGGAAUGAAUGUCUCCUCUGUUUCCAAGAAGUUUGAAGACGAUGAAAAGCUGAAAAAGAGGAAGGAGAGAUUUGGAAUCAUCACCAGCGCUGCCUCAGCUGGAGUGGAUGAUGCAGAGGCGAAGAAACGAAAGCGAGCUGAACGGUUUGGAAAUGUAUAAAAUUCAGCUGAAGUCUUUUCUACUUUUAUAAUUGAAUUUUUCGUUUUUGUUUUAUAUUUUUUAAAUUCUUUUGUUUCUAACAAUUGGUGUUCAUGUGACAUGGUGUUUUUCCUUUGCAAUUUCAACACUGUGUAGCAGUUUGUAAAUUAAACGUGACUCCACUUU